UCCUCUAAAGCAAACUUAUAACAACUCGAUCUACAGUUCACUUUACAACAAUCAGUCAUUCAUCAUCAUCUUAUAAAUCCGAGGCGCCCGAUAGUCCGAUCAUGUUCCCCUCGUGUACAGUGUGUUGAUGAGAGAACCCAGGCAGGAUGUUUAUGUGCCCACUGUGGAUUAGACGACCCUCCUCCUCUGAGCCACCAACACCCUGAGCUGUGCUUCUGUCUGCAACACGAAGCUGAUCGACCUCUCCACCGAAGAUGGGUCGAGUUGAUGAUGUCAUAGAGCUGUGCUGUGAGUUAUUCCCUUAUGAGGAAAUCAGGACCACACUGAACGGAGCAGUUGCGGGCGGAGGGAUUGCUGGAACCGCAGCCACUGUUGGAGCGAUUUUCUUCGGUCCUCCUGGUCUUCUUGUGGGCGGUACUCUCGGAGGCCUGCUGGGCUUCGGGAUGUACCAGGACACAUUCAAACCGCUGCCUCAGGUCUUAAUGGAGCUCAGUCCUCAGCAGAAGAAGGAGCUUUUUUAUCAUCUCCUGGAAGUCCUGAAAAACAAACAGUGGACAGAUUAUGUUCACCUGCUUUCUCUGGUGUCAGAUCAACCCAACGUGAAGAAGCAGCUUCUCAAAGCUAUCCGCCAGUUUUUCAAAGAGUAAAAUUGUUUUUGCAUUUUGUGUUUGAUUAUUUUCAUAAGAACAUCGAGCGAACCACGGGUCGAACACGUUAUCUCCACCAACAAGAUUAUAAUUAUCUCUGUGUUUGUUUGUGAGAAAGAAAUAAAGUUCAUCAUUUAGAUUCAAAGUCAAA